AUGACAUCUUUAAAACGAGCACAUUCCAAGAACAAGUUGUCUAAUUCCACUCAGUACACGACUUCAAUUCAGAGCAACAGGAUGUCUAAUCGAAUGCUUUAACCAAAUGCUCCGCCAGUUACCUCCUUCUAUCUUAAUAGUAAAAAAAGCAAGUGUAGUUUAAACUCUAGUCAGCUUGAUGUGAGUUUGGGAUGUAAAUAUUAGCCAAUCGGGAUUGCGAUAGAAAGCAACUAAAGUGUAUGGGAAAGAAUGAUCUAAGAAUCAAUUGAAAAGAACAAGAUAGGUCUUAAGUCCUCUGUGGGUAAGGAAAAUAAGCCACAUGAAAAGAAAUCAAGCAUUAUUAGUGAUGGCAUCUCCAUGAGUGGAUGCGGAUUUAUUUAGAGAAGGUGGUCUGCCUGCGGUGAAUCCAAACCCUCGGCUAAUCAAACUGAUAUAAAGCUUUUGGGGAAAUAUUUUAGCGGAGCUGAUACUACAAAUGAGUAGUAUUAUAAGGUAAACAGGCAAUCAAGGAAAAAUGUAGCUGAUGAGAGUUAAAAUUCUGGACUAAGCACAAGUGCCUUAUAAUCCCUUUAAAACUCAUGUAAAAAAGAACAAUAAAGUUCGCAACCAGGAAAUCUAUGGAACAGGUUAAUGGAAAAGACUUCAAGUAACUCCAUUACAAGAAGUUCAAAGAACUACUGUCAUUAAAGAAGCAUGGAGCAGUAUAUCUCAGUCCGCACAAUCAAUCCUGACAGACUUGACCCUAAAGCUAAUAUUCUGCUCAUCAGAAAUGAAAGAGAGCGAGAGAAAAGCUUGAGUAAAUGCGAAACCAACCCUGGAGCACUUAUCAAUCAGCAAGUUAAUAUCACUGGAUAGACUAAGAAAAUAAAUGGAAACCCCAAGAAUAGCACUGAGUUCAAAUUCACUUACUCUAAAAAUGAGCUCAGCAAGUAUUUGUCAACCAAUGCUGUUAAGAAAAAUGAUAGAGACAUUAAGAAUAUAAGCUAGCUAAACAAUGGACUAGUUCCAGAUGACUCAGGGCCAAUGCUUAUAGGCAGUAGCAACGUUUCAGGCAAUCUUGACAAAUCUUAAAUGGGUUCAAGAGGGAGAUCCUCCUAAGCCAAGAUGUAGAUGGACUACCAAGGCUAAAUUGAUUGGAUUUUGACACCCUAGAAGCUAGCUAGCAGAUCUAGAGAAAAUUCCAGAUCACUUUCGAAUGAUAUGACAGGCUCUCGUAGGAAAUCCAUUUCGCGCAAUCAUCUACAGUCUAAUUUCGAAUCAAGCACUCCUUGCUACGUUUUCCCAGACACCAAUGAAAAUUCUUAGGUCUUUACUUCUGGCUAGAAAGUUAUUUAAUUCAACAUUGGAAUGGAUUAGAGAUGUGCGGGAGGAGAAGGCAAUAGGAUGAGAAAUGGGAAUAAUGGGGCUAAGAGUCAAACUUAACUAGAAAAGUUCCUCAAUAAAUCUCAAUGUGCUGGUAACACCCGAAAUCGAGAUUCUGAGGAAAACAGAUACUACUAUAGCAGAGAAAGAAGCCACUCAGGGUAAAAAAAUAUACCUAGAGGAGUAAGGGAUUAAUAAAUAUCAGAAAUAUCAUUCCAUUGA